AAAAUUAUUUUUUUGAUGUAUAUAAACUAGGCCUCAAUUGAUGUUAUCCUUUUAUUAGAAUAGUGAUAGUGUUAUAUGAAAAAGCACAACGUCUAAAGUUAUGAGACAGUUAUCAUCUAUUUAAAUCACAUUUUAAAAUAUAUUAUAAAAUUUCAGAAACUAUAAAAUUGUCCUGGCUUUGUUAUAAAAAGAACAGUUGUAUUUCCAUUUGAUGAAAUUGUCUGAUAACUAGCAGCUGGUAUUUUUUAUUUUAAGUUAACACAGUUUAAGAGUAGCUUCUUAAUUAAAUUAAUACAAUGUUGUAGUUUUAAAAUACAGAGGCUUCCUUGGUUUAUCUACCGUAUAUUUUGUAAUACACCUUUCUAUCUAAAGUUUAGCUAAGUAAUAACUUGGAUAUAAUAGUUUAUUUUUGCAAAUUCUAUGCUUCCUGCUGCACUGGUAAAAUCCAGAUGCAAUCCUAGAAGUUGAUUUCAUAUACAAUCACUGUGAUUUUACUUCAGCUCCUGUUACGUAUUAACUUUUAAAAGCAGGUGUUUGGGCUUGCUUGGAAGAAAGGUAGGCAUUUUAACAAGUUACAGUGUCUACGCAUGCAGUCCUGUUAAAUGAUGGCUAUAGUACAGUGAACAAGUUUAUAUUCUUUCCUCCUCCUUCCCGAUUUCUUAAUUUUUUAAAAAAAAAUAAGAUAUAGUCAUUUUAGUGAGAGAGAACUCCACUGAACUCACCUGGGCCAAUUUUUUGAGUAGAAAUGUAAGGGAUCCAUUUGUGGUACAUUGUGAUUAGCCUUUUGUUUUUAAACUACCGUCUUGAACAUAGUUGGAACUGAAUUGUGCUGAAUUCAUAGGAAUUUAAAUCUUACUUUAUUCAAUCAUAAAUAUUGAUAAACUUACAGAUCUAUUUUAGAAUAUCCUUUUUACCUAAUAUUGACUUACAGAUACAUUUUUAAUACAGCAUUUAAAACAUACAGUCAUUGUAUUUUACUAUUUAUUGGCCUAGAAAAAGUAAUAGUUUUAAAACACUAUUAUUCUCCUCUGGUGUUCUAUUUAUAUAACUUGCUUCAUAUUUAUUUAUUUAUUAAAUUAGUAUGCCAUCCAUCUCACUCUGAACAGUGAUUCUAUGUGCCUUAACACAUUAUUUUUCCUGCUUGAUUCUUGGAGUUGAAGAACGCUGCAUUUUUUUUUAAAAAAAAUCCUUGUUACACUGUUCAUCCCUAUAUGAUAUGCUUCUCCCCCACCCCAAAAAUUUCUGAAUACUUUGCUUAAUGAGUGAAAUAGGCUGAAAUUCCUUAAAUGUGCUUAUUUUCCUUGUGCUCCAAAGCAUCAGAUUAAAUCUUUCUCUAUAUAUAAACUCAGUUAAAAUGUAAAGAAAAUUAUGAAGCAUGCAAAUUCAAUUGAUUGCUUUUAUAAAUCAGCAAUUUUAUAUGUAUUAGCAUCCUUAACUUCACACUACUUUUUGAAUUUGUUGUAUUACUGUUUUAUUUCAACAAUACAGGUAUUGCAGCCUCUGUACUUCCAGAAUGCUCACUUUACAGCAUUAUACACUAAAACAAUAUUUUCUUUUUACUAAUUUCAUAAAUCAUGAAUAAGCUUUCUACUAUAACUAUUCUUUUAACAAGAAUGUAUCAAUUGUGUGGAUAUUGUAAUUAAAAUUUAAAUUUAAAAGGAGCACAAAAAUUUUGAGCAGUGGUGCUCAAACCCCACCCCCAAGGAAAUAAGAACCCUUGCUAAAAUUGAUUUGAUAGUUCACUUGUUUGUUUUUAUAAAAUUGUAUGUAAAGUUUUUUGUUUGUUUGUUUACAUUUAUAUCCCGCCCUUCUCCGAAGACUCAGGGCAGCUUACAGUGUAUAAGGCAAUAGUCUCAUUCUAUUUGUAUAUUUUUUUUACAAAGUCAACUUAUUGCCCCCCCAACAAUCUGGGUCCUCAUUUUACCUACCUUAUAAAGGAUGGAAGGCUGAGUCAAACUUGGGCCGGGCUUGAACCUGCAGUAAUUGCAGGCUACUGUGUUCUAAUAACAGGCUUCUUAACAGCCUGAGCUAUCCCGGCCCCUGGAAGUACUGGAAAAAAUUAGGAGAGGUUGUUAAAAAACAUAAAUAUUAAGCAUUAUUUCUGCUUUACUACUAAAAUUGUUUUUUCACAAAUUUAUAGAAAUUCUAUUUUUAUAUAUAUUGUAAAUUCAGUACCUUAAUUUCCCCGCUCUCUCACUAGAAUAUAUUAAUAAUGCUUUUUGUCAUAUCUGUUUCAAGUUUAUAUUGCAUAUUUUCAGUAUUAUAGUUUUUAGAUCUCUAAUGAUGUAUCAGUGUUUUCCCUUGAAUAAAAAGUUUAGUGUAUAGAAUGUGUGCCAGUAAAAACAAAUUGUAUACAUGACAAUUUGAAUUCCAGGUCAUGUAUAUUUAAUAGCAGCCUGCAUAGUAAAGAUCCCAUGCUGAAUUACUUAUUGGAAUUGAUAAUUUAUCAUAUAUCGUAUAUCAACUAUGUUCCUUUGAAACCUUGUAUGAUGAUUAACAUGCUUUCCUGGAAGAAAAAGCAAAUGAAGUUGUGAAGCAUGAAAAAUUCCAACUACUGCCUUCCUUCAUACACUGCUUAUAAAAAUUAUGACUACUCAGAACCAGGAAGACACAAUGAACAGCCCGGUCUUUGUGGUCUAAGUAAUUUGGGAAAUACAUGUUUCAUGAAUUCAGCAAUUCAAUGUCUCAGCAAUACACCUCCACUCACAGAAUAUUUUCUUAAUGAUAAAUAUCAAGAGGAACUAAACUAUGACAAUCCAUUAGGAAUGAGAGGAGAAAUUGCAAAAUCUUAUGCAGAGCUCAUCAAGCAGAUGUGGUCAGGAAAAUACAGCUAUGUCACUCCAAGAGCUUUUAAAACACAGGUAGGACGAUUUGCACCCCAGUUUUCAGGAUAUCAGCAACAAGACUGCCAAGAAUUGCUGGCAUUUCUUUUAGAUGGUUUGCAUGAGGAUUUGAAUCGUAUUAGAAAAAAGCCUUAUAUUCAGCUAAAAGAUGCUGAUGGAAGACCAGAUAAGGUGGUUGCUGAAGAAGCUUGGGAGAACCAUUUGAAACGAAAUGAUUCCAUCAUUGUAGAUAUAUUUCAUGGACUUUUUAAAUCAACCCUAGUUUGUCCUGAAUGUGCCAAGAUUUCUGUAACAUUCGAUCCCUUUUGUUAUUUAACUCUUCCUCUACCGAUGAAAAAAGAACGCAGUUUGGAAGUUUAUUUAGUUAGACUUGAUCCACUUUCCAAACCCAUGCAGUACAAAGUAGUAGUACCAAAAAUUGGAAAUAUACAAGAUCUCUGCAUUGCAUUAUCAACUUUGUCAGGUGUUGCUGCAGAUAAGAUGAUCGUUACUGAUAUAUAUAAUCAUAGGUUUCAUAGAAUAUUUGCAAUGGAUGAAAAUCUAACCAGUAUUAUGGAACGUGAUGACAUUUACGUAUUUGAAAUUGCCAUCAACAGAACUGAAGAUACAGAGCAAGUUGUAAUUCCAGUUUGUUUGAGGGAAAAGUUUCGUCAUAGUGGUUAUAGCCAUCAUAGUGGUUCAACACAUUUUGGACAACCUUUCCUUAUAGCAGUGCCUAGAAAUAACACAGAAGAUAAACUGUAUAACCUUCUGCUAUUAAGAAUGUGUCGAUAUGUGAAAACCUCUGCUGAAACAGAAGACACUGAAGCAUCUCUCCAGUGCUGCAAGGAUAAUAGUAUCAAUGGUAAUGGUCCAAAUGGAAUUCAUGAAGAAGGAUCUCCAAGUGAAAUGGAAACUGAUGAACAAGAUGAUGAAUCUAGCCAAGAUCAAGAACUACCAUCUGAAAAUGAAAACAGUCAGUCAGAAGAUUCUGUGGGAGGUGAUAAUGAUUCUGAAAAUGGAUUAUGCACAGAGGAUUCCUGCAAGGAUCAACUUAUAGGGCACAAAAAACGAUUGUUCACAUUCCAGUUCAACAGCUUAGGCAAUACAGACAUCAAUUACGUCAAAGAUGAUACCAGACAUAUACGAUUUGAUGAUAGACAACUUAGACUAGAUGAAAGAUCUUUCUUGGCUUUGGAUUGGGAUCCUGAAUUCAAGAAGAGAUACUUUGAUGAAAAUGCUGCUGAGGAUUUUGAAAAACAUGAAAGUGUGGAAUAUAGACCUCCAAAAAAACCAUUUGUGAAGUUAAAAGAUUGUAUUGAGUUAUUUACAACUAAGGAAAAGUUGGGUGCUGAAGAUCCAUGGUAUUGCCCAAACUGUAAAGAACAUCAGCAAGCUACCAAGAAACUAGAUUUGUGGUCACUACCGCCAGUACUGGUGGUGCAUCUAAAACGUUUUUCUUAUAGCAGAUACAUGAGAGAUAAAUUGGAUACAUUGGUUGACUUCCCAAUAAAUGAUUUGGAUAUGUCGGAAUUCCUAAUUAAUCCAAAUGCUGGACCUUGUCGCUAUAAUUUGAUUGCAGUGUCAAAUCAUUAUGGAGGCAUGGGAGGAGGGCAUUAUACUGCUUUCGCAAAAAAUAAAGAUGAUGGGAAGUGGUACUAUUUUGAUGAUAGCAGUGUGUCGACUGCAUCUGAAGAACAAAUUGUGUCCAAAGCAGCUUAUGUGCUCUUCUAUCAGAGACAAGACACAAUCAGUGGAACUGGUUUUUUCCCUCUUGAUCGGGAAACUAAACAAGGUGCUUCUGCUGCUACAGGCAUUCCAUUAGAGAGUGAUGAAGACAGUAAUGAGAAUGACAAUGAUAUAGAGAAUGAAAAUUGUAUGCACACUAAUUAAUCGAAGAACUAGAAGCCAUACAGAGAAGAACUUCCUGAUGGGAGCUCUCGGUUUAAAAAAUGAAAUUAUCCACCAAAUUAAAAAUAAAAUCUGAGAUGGGAAAUUUCAGAUGACAGAAUGUAAAUCCUUGUUACAUUUUAACUUGUGCAGUACCUGAAGUGAAACACAAUGAAAACAUUAGAAUUUGUCUCCAAUAUCUUUGCAAUCUUGUAUUUACAAGCUAUAUAGGAAAUCAAAAUAAAUCCCUUUACAAUUUCUGCUGCAAUCUGGAUGAAUUACAGUUUCUUUGUUUUGGAUGCAAAUUAAUAUUGACAAUUUGUGGAUUUGUUUUUUUUUCUCUCAAUACCCCAAGAAUAUUACUGCAAAACCUCCGUUUUUCAAUGGAUAUGUCCUUAGACCAGUAACAAAAACAUUGACUAGUAUAUUCAACUCAAUGCAGCAACAUUCUUGGAAUGUCAGAUUUUCAAGUGUCUCCCUCAAAUAUUGAUUAAAAAGAAACUUAAUCAUGAUAAAAUGACUUGGAAAAGGUGUUUUAACCUUUUGUAAUAAAAGUAAUCUUCCAGAAUAUUAUGUUCAUCUUACUGCUGCUGUGGAACAGGUUCUGGAUUUCAUGCUGCAUUAAGGAAUUGAAUUUUUCAAUUAAAUGUAAGUAUCCCUCAUUGCUUGUUGGAUCUACUUUGUAAACAUAAUCCCUGUUAUCUUGUUUAUAAGAUGUGCGUAACUUUAAUCUGGUGUCAGUCCAAAAAUUUUGACUGUGCUGUAAGUCCCUCUUCCUCCCAAUUUUUAGUAGUUUGACAGUUUACAAACUACAUACAGUGUAAUAGGUUCCAAUUUUUAAUAGUAUACUGUAUUCAUAGUAAUGACUGUGCAUCAAGCUUAGAUGACUUUUCCAUAUAACUUGCCUUCAAAUUUGUUAAUGGGCAACUGGUUCAAAGGUAGGUCUGCUAAUUUUUCAUGUGCGUUCUUGGUGGAUUCACCAUAGCCUUACAUCUUAUCUCAAAAGGUAACUUUACUUAAUAUAGAAAAAUUGGCAUUUGCAUGUUCAAGAGUCAGAACCUGUACAAUAAGUAGAUAAAGUAUACAUACCUUGAAUUGGGUUUAAUUGUGUUGAAGGAGUAUGGGAUGCCAAAAAUAAGUGUGACCGUUUGAAAUGUUUUUGUUUGCCACUUUCCUUUGAUAGUUGAAGAAAAGUAUUGUUGAUUCAUAUACAAUACUGUCUUUGAUAGAAACUCUCUUAAGUGUGGAGGCACACUUCACAUAUCUACUACCUAAGGUCCCACCAUUGUUAAAGCAAAAAGUAUGAUCUUCACUUGAACUAAGCAAAUACAAUAGGUUAUAAAUUGUGUAUUGUAAAUAAAGUUCACUCUGUGAGUGCACAUUUUGGUAAAUUAUUUAUUUAUGUUAGCAUUUAAAAGUUUAAAAUUGCAUUUGACCAGGAUAAAAUUAGGUUUGUGGACAUGGCUUUGCUUUAUACUUUGAUAUUAAAAGCUGGUGUUUAAUCCUGGUAUUUUAAAGCUGCUUUUUUUUCAAUGUAAGCUAGCCUCCUGCAUGACAGAGGUUGAAAAUUGUCUGCACUUGAGUUCACUUGGGUUUACAUUUGAAAUGCGCAUGUUUUAUUUAUAAAAAUUUCAAUAAAGCUAUUCAACGCCUUA